CUGUGCUGCUUUCAUAUCCCUGCUGACUGCAGUGCAUGGGAGGAAGACAAUUGGGUGAUCCGACUGGAGUUUCCAGAUUGCUUACAGGAAAGAAGUGAAAAACACCAUGCUUAAUGGCUAUAGAAAUCAACAAAAACAUCUCUGGGAUUCCUGUAUCACAUAUGUCAUUGUAAUGAGAAAUUUACACAAGAUCAUGGCAUUUGCUUGUCUAAUCAUGGUACCAGCUUUGUUUUAUCAAGUCGCCACUAAAGAAACCAUAGGAAAAGUUAUCAGUACAGACAUAGAAGAUAAGACAGAAGAAAAUUAUUCGAAGUAUGAGAUAAUUAUUAUGGUGCUUGGAAUCAUCAUUGCAGUGACUGUAAUAAUUAUAUUAAUACUUUUAUUUUAUAUUUGCUGCAAGAAGAAUGGCAGGAAAAAUGGUCAUCAUUUGCCAGUACCUGAUAUAAUUAUAACAGAAAAUGAAGAACUUCGGAAACAAAAAGAAGAACUUCAGGAAAAAAAUGAAGAACUUAACGAAGGAAAAGGUGAAUGAAUGAACCCCCAUUUUGGCCAAGAGGACCCCAGAAGUACUCUAAAGCUGAGUUGCUGACCCUGAGAAGGGAGGUCAAAAAUGCCUCAACAUGCCCCCUUUCCUUCUUGGAGAUAUCUCUUGUAACUCUCUAACAGGACUAAGGCUGUGUAAGACAAAGCUUAAACCACACCUGCAGGUCCUCAAUUUAACCAAUCACUUGAGUCUAGGUAUUGCAGGUCUGACAAUUAAGUUCUCAAAUUUGCCACUGUGCCUUAUGUUGGCAGCACUGUAUGAACAAUUCCACAAGGUUUCACAAUCUAGUAUGUCAGCCUCCUGUGUCUCACAGUUGUGUUCACGUGGACUGAUGCCAUUCAUUAGUGUGUUGCAUGGUUUUGUGUGCCAUCAUAAGAAUGUCAGAACUUGAAUUAGAACAACAAACAUUCGUAAUUUUGUUGUGAAACUUGGCAGGAGUGGAAGUAAAAUCAAUCCAAGUUUAUCAGAAUAAUGACAUGAAGAAAAUGGAAGUGUUCUGAUAGAUUAAACAUUUUUCUGAAGGGAGAGAAAUUAUCACUGAUGAAGAGAGGCCAGGGUGGCCACUAACAAGUAGAGCUGAUGAAAACAUUGCAAAAAAUGCGUUGAAUUGGGCAUCAAAAUCAUUGUUGACUAUGAAAAGCAUAGCAGACCAAGUAAAUAUCAAUAGAGAAACAGGAAAAUCUUAAUGGAAAAUCGUGGCCAACAACUCAUUGCUCUUGUAUCAUGACAAUGCACCAGCUCAUGCUGAGAGAGGAUAGCUGAGAAGGCAACACUGUGAGGGAGUUUUUAGCCCGUAAGCAAAUGACUGUAUUUGAACACUCUCCCUACUCACCUGAUCUGGCCCCCAGUGACUUUUUUCUUUACCCAAAGAUAAAGGAAAUAUUGAAAAGAAUACAUUUGGAUGACUUUCAGGACAUCAAGGGUAAUAUGACAACAGCUUAGAUGGCCAUUCCAGAAGAAGAGUUCCAAAAUUGCUUUAAAGGGGAGCUGGAAUCAGUACAUAGCUUCCCAGGGGGGUGCCUCAAAGGUGACCACAGUGACAUUUAGCAAUCAGAUAUGUAGCACUUUUUCUAGGGAUGAGCUCAUGAACUUAAUAGUCAGAACUCAUACAUCCAGAGGCUAGUCUAUGAUUAGUAUACUUCUUUAUCUUAACUUAAAACAUUCCAAAUCUUUACACAAAGCUUCAUUUCUUUAACAAAUUACAAAUCAAACAAUCUUUAAACCCACCUAUAGCCUGUAAUCUCUCUCUUCAAGAUGUCCCGCCAUUUGGAGUCAAACCAAUAUACACCUUCCAUGUAUUUAUUUAUAACUUCCACAUAAUUCCUGUCUUCCUAAAUGUAUAAAA